AUGAUGUACCAGUAUUUUGUGAAGAUAGUUCCCACUGUCUACGUUAAAACCGAUGGAGAGGUGGUCAAAACAAACCAGUUCUCAGUCACUCGUCAUGAAAAAGUUGCUAACGGUCUGAUUGGGGACCAGGGGCUCCCAGGGGUCUUUGUCUUAUAUGAACUAUCUCCAAUGAUGGUCAAAUUCACAGAGAAACACAGGUCGUUGACACACUUCCUAACAGGAGUGUGUGCUAUCAUCGGAGGAGUCUUCACAGUGGCCGGCCUCAUCGACUCGCUCAUCUACCACUCGGCGCGAGUCAUACAGAAGAAGAUCGAGCUGGGCAAGGCAUCGUAG